AUGCAGAGAAAGGAGCAGCUCCAGAGGGGAAGGAGUGAGUCAAUCGGCAGCCUGAAUCCCUUCCUUUUACUCGGGAUGUCUGGCAUUUUGGGAACAGUGACCUGGACCCUGUUCCUCCUCCUCCUCCUUGCUCCUGGCUGGGUAGAACCACAGGCCUGCACGUAUCCCUGCCAGUGUCCCUCCCAGCCCCUGCAGUGUCCCGCUGGCACCAGCCACGUCUUGGAUGCCUGUGGUUGCUGCAAGGUGUGUGCCAGGCAGCUCGGCGAGCUCUGCUCCCUGCAGAAACCCUGUGACCACCACAAGGGGCUCUACUGCGACUUCUCCAAAAUCCACAGAGGCAGCGGCAUCUGCUUAGCUCACGAAGGUGAGACUUGUGACCUGCUGGGCAAGAUCUACCACAACGGGGAGAGCUUCCAGCCCACCUGCAAGCUGCAGUGCAUCUGCAUGGACGGGGCCAUCGGCUGCAUCCCGCCCUGCUCCGACGACCUGCGCCUGCCGUCCCCCCACUGCCCCCGCCCCCGGCGCGAACACAACAAGUGCUGUGAGGAGUGGGUCUGCCAGGAGGCCAGCCAGGAGAACCGCGUCCAAACAGCCAUGGCAGUUUUCAGGGAGGAUCCAGCACAGAAGCCAGAGCUGAAUAACCUGCAGGAGAACUGCUUGGUGCAGACCACCGAGUGGAGUGCCUGCUCCAAGAGCUGUGGGAUGGGCAUCUCUGCCCGGGUCACCAACGACAACCCCUGGUGCCGCCUGGAGAAGGAGACCCGGCUCUGCAUGGUCCGGCCCUGCGACUUCACCGUGGAGAAAACCAAGAAGGGGAAGAGGUGUGUACGGACCCCACGGCCACGCCAGAGCCUCCACUUCGAGUUCUCAGGCUGCACCAGCACCCGUUCCUACAGACCCAAGUUCUGUGGCGCCGCCCCCGCCGCCCGCUGCUGCACCCCCUUCCUCAGCAUCACCCUGGAGGUGGAGUUCCGCUGCCCCGAGGGGGACUUCUUCCGGAGGAAGAUGAUGUUCAUCAAGAUGUGCUCCUGCCACUACGACUGCCCCAGAGACAACGACAUCUUCCUGGCCACGUAUCACCGGAGGAUGAUUGGAGACCACGUCAAGACAGACAGGCAGUAG